AUGUACAAGACUUUGUUCAUACUCGAGAAUGAAGAUGACAUGAUGAUGGUGCAGAUCUAUGUAGAUGAUAUCAUCUUUGGAGGAACUUCAGAGAAGCUGGUGCAAAAUUUCGUGAAGCAUGGUGGGAGAAUUGAAUUCAAGGAGGCAAGAACACCAAUGAGCACUACCACCAAGAUUGGAAAGGAUGAAGAUGGAGAAGACGUUGAUGUGAAGCUUUAUAGAGGAAUGAUUGGAAGCUUGCUUUAUCUUACAGCAAGCAGACCUGACUUAUGCUUCAGCGUUGGUGUUGUGCUCGUUAUCAGGCCAAACCAAAACAGUCCCAUCUUCAAGCUGAAGAAGAUCUUGAGGUACUGUCAAGGGAACUGUCAAUCUGGGGAUCUUCUACUCUAA